AUGAUACAUAUAUGUAACCCCACAGAGGAAAGGUGCAGAAUGGACUUGAUCUUCCCCGAAGAGGCCCACACUGUCACGGUAAGACACUUUUCGGUUCCCGAACCCCCGGGUGCACCGGAGUUAAGGCAACAAAGUAAUUUCCCCAUCACCUCCAAUCCUCAAAUCUCUCCCGCACCUGACCCUGUUGUCGUGGCCGCAAUUCAGCGCCGGAUUGAGUGCGGCAGCGGGUUAUCUAGUUGUGGUGAAAGUGGUGACUCAAUGGAUAAUGCCAGUGAUCCGGCACGUCGAUUAGCACACCUGCAGUCCGCCCUCUCGAUCCUUUGCCACACGGCUGCGAUGGAUAAGUCGCAAUUCUUUCUAUACCGGAAACAAGUAAGCAAAAAAAGCACAAAUGAUAACGCAGAAUGUGCUUCAACAACGGAUUAUUCAAUCACCGACAUUUAUACUACCGUGCGGGCGUUGAAAUUAGAGUAUGAUGAAGCAGUAAAACACUCAAGGGAUGAAAAAGGAACCCAAACGGCAAACGCAGAAGUCUUGGAGUUGGCGCGCCGCAGAACCGAGUGCCGUGUGGAUGACUGCUUGCGCCUUUUGGAGCCAACUAUCACUGAACUUAUACUCGACUUUACCCACGUGAAGAAAGUACCUGUCGCCUACACUGAGGAGAUGCUUCAAGGGUUGCCGCAGGUGUUCGCCAUGGAGAGGUGGCCGUGUACUAUUUUGCGGAAGGAAACUGACGAUUUCGUUGGGCAAAAGCGUCCACGUGUCUCUUCGCGACCUCUCGCAGGCGAAAGCGGUCGUGGUGAGUCUUUUUUUGAGCAUAACGAUGUGGCACACGCGGCUACCGCAGUUGUCUUUAAAGCCCUGCGGGACCUGAGGAAAAACGACUACAUGUGCCUGCUCGGCGAUAAAACAUUAACUUCAGCUCCAAAAGCAGCCGAUGUGUCGCGAUCGCAUCUUACUUAUGGAGAGCUGGUUGAAAGAACCCUCAGCGGUGUUUAUCGGGAGCGGGGUCUAUUAGCUGCAUUGUAUGACGUCAAGCGGCUUCUCUACGGUGCAUACGAUGCCGCACCUGCUGAGCACGCUCCAACUAUCAAGUCACUUCACGCUCAGUUUGAGCAAGAUUUGCGCCGCCAUUACAGUGCGUUUCUCAGCAAAACUGGACUGCGCUGCAGGGCUAACGACUUUGUUCUUCAGGUGAAAACAAUGUUUGACAUAAACCCACUUCCCGCUUCUAGAGAAGUGAAGGAUGGCGAAGGAGGGGUGCCGUUGUACAGCGAGACGCAGAAGAAGUGUCUGAAACUUUUGGGUCAUCUACGCGCUGUAGACAGCAAAGGGUGGUUUGAGUACCCGGCAUUUGACUUGGCGAACAUUGAACUCAGUAGCAUUGAGCGCUGGAUUUGCGGGCCACCCUUCAGCACCAAAACAGACCGUGAGGCGUUUGUGGCAUUGCGUGAUGUGUUGGAACAAAUGGUGGAUAACUGUGUGUUAAGUUAUGGACCUACCAGCCAGUAUAGUCGUGUGAUUACGAUGGUGCGGCAACGCCUGGUGGAGGCUUCUCAAGAGGUUGGACUUCUGUAG